AUGUCAGCUCAAAGCGAUGGGUAUGUGGAACACCGUCUAGAACACUAUAAACAGAGGUAUAGUUGGGACUGUGGAGUCUCAUGUGUCAUCAUGUUGCUGUCCGAAGAACAAAGAACAGAGAUGCUGGAAAACUUUGACCGCAUAUGCCAGGAGGAGGGUUUCAACCAGUCUACCUGGACAAUUGAUCUGUGCUAUUUGUUAAAAAGGUUUGACAUACAACAUGUUAUGUAUACUGAAUUGCUUGGAGUGAACGAGAGCUAUAAGAAACAGGGGUACUACAAUAAGAUUAUUGACAUGGAUCGAGACCGCGUCCUCCAACGGUUCGACGCUGCAGUCUCCGCUGGAAUCGUAGUCGAGCAGCACUCUCUCACUUCUGAGGAGCUGGUAGCACACCUCAGUCGACACGGUCCGGUUGUGGUAUUGGUAGACUCGGGACUGCUCGUGUGUGAUCUCUGCAGACACAACAAGAUUAAGGCUGAAUUCAGACGGUGUUUCGGUGGCUCGUAUUCGGGCCACUACGUGGUGGUGGUGGGGUACAGUCGCGGCAAGUUGUUGUACCGCGACCCGGCUCUAUCGCCACGUCUUUGUGCCGCGUCGCCCGCGCGACUCGCUCGAGCCGCCCGCGCGAAGGGAACCGACCACGAUGUUAUACUCGUUUAUAACGACUACAGAUGA